CUUGGCGCGGCGUGUCUUGUCUGUCUUGUCCGAAAGCCGAAAGCCGCAAGGGAGAGAGACUCGAGAGAGACUUUAGAGAGAGAGAGACAAGGCGGAACUGGAGAACUCGCGCGCGGUGCAACUUGCAAGUCUUCAACCCUUCGCAUCCGUCCUUGCACUUGUUCGCUCGCUCGGGCACAACUAUUCCCUCGGCCCCUAACAACACACCCAAAUACUGUACAAGAUCCCGCAACAGUCCUGCUCCUACGAAGAAGGGCUUGCGAUUUUCACUUGUACAGGGUCAUAGUCUUGCCGCAUCACAGCGGGUCGCGGACACUCACUCACUCGGAGAAGGCUGCGAAUUGGAAAGCGGAGGGAAGCUGAACAGGACGAAGGGGGGGGAAGCGGUUCUCACGAAUACAGAAAGGCAACAGCAGAGCAGUUCUCGUUGGAACAGUCCCGUCUCCUGGAAGGGUGUAGACAACACGUCGCUCGGCUCGAGUACCAGAGGGAUGACCGCCUCGUACGGCCUCUUCGAUCUUGACGAGACUAUAGACAGGCAAGAUCCCCGGGAAAAGGAGUUGUUGAUAGGCUACGACUUCACAAAGCACCUGCGGAGUAAUCGAAGUGAUGGGGACUUCAUGGGAUUACUCCAUGAACGAAUAGGAGAUAACGCAGAAAAAGUGUAUAAUGGGCUUCUGUACAGUAUUCUUACCGAUGCGCAAUCGCAGAGAUACCUGAAACUGCUGGGGUUGGUGGUCACGGACCAUUUCCGGCACGUCAUUAGCAAGCUGCACAGUCUUGUCGAUGAUGCGGAUUUGGUGCGGUGUCGCCCGUUCCGGAGAUUGCGGCCAUAUGCAAGGGCAAAGAUCAUGGAUAUUGUAUCCCACAUCGCCGAGGUGCAUGUCGAAAGCCUGCAAUCCCUUUUAAUUGCACUGAUACGGCAGAUCAAAGGCAGCGAUUAUAGUCCAGAAAACAUCGCCCUAGCAAAAUCCAUCAUCACAAUCCUCGGAAAGCACUGGCAACGCAUCCCCCCCAACUCCGACCUGAUCCCCGUCUCAGUCUUCUCCUUCCUCCGCCUGAUCGCCGACCACAGCAAGGAAACCACCCUCCGCCAACUGGAAGUGGAUUAUGUAUGCCUGAUGCUUCGGAAUCGCUUCAGAGAUUGUGCACGGAUAGGAAGAGACCUGUUACGGGUUAUUGUCGCGGUAUCGCAGAUUCCGCAGAUUGAUGGUAUCGUGAACGAUAUGUUCAACGCACCGAGGCAGCUUGACCCGGUUCUGGAUGUGAGGCAGAUAUUAGCGACCCAAACCCCGCCGUUUGUGAUUGCGCAACGAGUGACGCCUGAGAUGGAUAUCAAGAUGCGGUUCAUAUUAGACCGAGUAAAAUCAUCCGUCCGAAAAACAGCACUCAGCAACUUCCGCACCACCCUCCUCUCCGGGGCAGCACCGCAAACGGAAUCAGGCGAACUGAUAUUCGCAGACGUCAUCCGGUUCAUAUGCGCGAGCAUACAGCCACCGAACCAUAUCCUGGACUCGAAUAUCGUGCAGAGAUGGGAGGUUGUGCUGUUUUUGUUGGGACAAAUCAGGGACCCCGUCGCACUCCAAGACGCAAAACUCACCCUCUUCUUCGAUUGGCUCUGCUGGACCGCAGGCGACAACAUCAUGUACAUAGAACCCGGCAUGCUACUAAUAGAAAAGGGCGCCCAAGCCUCCGGCGACCGCACCAUCGCUGCCGACCUGAUCGAGUUUUUAUCAAUCAUGGUCGACCGCUGGCUACCCCCCUAUGCGGUGGAGAUGAGGGAGAAUAUGAAUGCUGCGAUGGGGUUGUUGUUGCUACAUAAGGUUACCCCAUCACUGAAACGACUACAUGAGAUUAACGGAUGGGACGAGGUGACGGUCCGGCAGUGGAAGAGUUUGUUUCCGAGGCUUGCGGGGGUGGAGGAGCGAACGACAAUUGGGCCGUCGAGAGCUGUUACGGUUGCUGUCCAAGAACCCCCGCAGCCGCCGACGAAGCCACCAGUACCCGCGCCACCGAGUGCUCCCAAAUCAGACAUAACACCACAAGACCAUUUCCUCCAACUCAUCACAAAAGCCAAUUCCGCCCCGUCCCACAUCGCAUCCCCGGUUUAUCGCGCCAUUGUCGAGAUGUUUGCCGAGAGUCCAGGUCUAGCCACCCGCGCAUGCACGGAUGCGCUCUUGCCGAUCAGGACAUCAGCGCUGCUGGAGCAUAUCGUGCACGUGUACACGCACUCCACGUCGGCGACGGCGAAAGAUCAGUUGUUGAAUCUGAUGCAGAUGCCGUGGAAGCAUACGGAGAGUAGUGCGGUUUUGUGUGCUCAAGUGUUAUCGUCCUUCACACCCCCGUAUCAGACCUUCUACCGCGCCCUCGCCACCCACCUCCAAACACCCUUCGCCGAGCAGCUCCUGCAGGACCUUCAGGUCCUCCACGAGGAGAAGACAGACGAGUUCUACGCGACGCUGCUGAGAAAUGCUUGUAGAGUGUUUGCGAAGGAGUGUCACGGGAAUAAGGCGUUGAUGGGGUUGGUGCUGGGGUUGAUGGAUUUUGCGAUUGCACGGGACCUCUGUGAUGCCUUGUUCAAGCGAGAGUUUCUACUGUUUGGGACGGCCGAUCUUACCGAGUUGUUUCGCCACUCUGUGUCAGAAUGGGACGAGAUCACAAACACGUUCCUGUGGAAACUGAUCAUCGCCGAGAAGCGGGGUCGGCAGCAGGAGAUUGAUGAGAUUUGCAGGGUUCUCGCUACGAUCGACAUCGCCGCCUCCCCCUCCACAACCGACGCCCUGGCAACCCUCCUCCUCACCACCUUCCCCACCGCGCAACAGAUCCGCACAGCCGCAUCCCAGCAGGGAGUGAACGGCAAGAUGAUUGUACAGGGGUGGCUGGCGAUCGUGGACCGCGCCGCGUUUCUGGAGCUGUUGAGGCAUAUGGAGAGGGAGGAGAGUGCGUCGGUUAUGGAUCGGAUUAGGGAGUAUUUGUGAGGUGCUUAAGGGAUAGAUAGCCCCCCCGUUCUCGUAUAUAUUUCAUACUUGCAUCUUUUUUCCCCCCAAAUGUGGGUUAUGCAACCCCUCGAAUAUCCCUCGGUUUUCAACAGGGGAGAAAUGCGCCGUCAUGCAGUUGCCGCUGAGGGUUUUUCCAGGCAGGAGCUUUCAAGGGGGGUCGGGAAGGGCCGAUCUUGCAAAU